UGUAAAAUUGCUGCGCGAAAAAGAGGCGGGAAAAAUCUGUCCAACUUUGCGGUAGGGUGGAACGCCAAAAUUUUCUUGCAACAAUGACUGUCUCUUAAAAUUAUCAAAAGACAAGAUGUAAAAUUUUAGAGCCACCCUCACUCUUGCUAAGAAGAAGACACAUUCGUCCGAGAGCACCCCAAAAGACAGUAAGUAACAAAGCCAGGAAGUAACAAUGGAUCCGCGAAAAGUUGUUUUAGCAAAUUUCAAUUUAAAGCUGCUGCUGCAAGUGCUCGGACUGCUCGGAAAAGUGGUUCGGUUUUCAUGACUUGAGCCUCUAAUGUGACUCCAAAGCCGGUGCCGAUGAUGAACACCGAUAGUGCUUUCAUUUGUGGGUACCGAUUCGUUGGGGAUUGUUUAUGUUUUUUGCUGGUUUCGGUUUUAAAUUCAGCUCUUGUUGGGAAACCAGAUCACAUAACAUGGUAAUGGAGAAGCGAUGUUAAAAUAAUAUCAUCCACCUGAACAAAGUGACUACGAGCGGCUCGUUAGCUGGCGAAUUUGAUGCCUAGAUCGUGUUGUUUGGAAAAUAAAGAUUAGGGCGGUUGUUGAGAUCACAUUGAUUGUUGCAAAUAACAUUGGCGUGAGAUUGUUACAAAGACUUGACAUAGAUUUGGAAACAUAUUGGGAUAAUACGAAUACGAUGAAAUAUGGUCAAUUUGGUUCAAUAUUUAGGGUUUAGAUUUCUUUUAAUUGUUGUUAAAACGUAGAUUCCCAGGGAUGUUGAUGGAGCACCAAUAUAUACCUACUAACUUAACAGGCUGACUACAGUAGAGUACAGUUUUAAAAAUCUGAUACCACAAUAUCUCGUCAAUGGAAAGGCCGAAUCGGUUCGAAUUUGGGAUCAAGAAUUAAGAUACUAUUCUCGGAAUAGAUAAUAUAGCGUUGCUAAGCAAGGUGUUGAUAGGACUUAAUCCGAGUUGUGGUAGGUCACCAAGCUUGAAUUAUAUUGGUGGUUUUUUAUCAGUUGAUAAAAGCAAUCUGAUACGGAACAGACUCUUACGCUUCCUUAUCCAGCUGGGUGUUAAUCAUAAACUCAUAAAUUGGGAUCAAUCAAAUAACGUUCCAAGAAAUCCCAAAUUGAAGACAAUGACAAAUUAGAAAAAAAUACCAAUACAUACUCUUAGACAGCAGUCAGUUUGAUAACGAAAUUAAUAUUAUAACGUUUGCUCCUAUAAAAACCCACAAAAAAAUACAAAAAUCAGUCGUAUUCAACAAUUCCCAGCAUGAAGAAGGUACUAAUCCUGGUUGCCGUUUUGGCCGUGGCCAGCACGAAGUCAAUCGAUAUCAAUUCGUCCCAAGUUCAGCCAAUCGAGACGAUUGGCAUCGAUUGGUCCCAGGUUCAACCCAUUCAGGACACCGACCAAUACUGGGCUCGUCUUCCGGCGGAGAUGCAGUACCUGCGGAAGCAGGAACCGGACCGUAGGAUUGUUAACGGUCAGGAGGCAACUCCGGGCCAAUUUCCGUACCAAGUUUUCCUGGAACAUCAGUUAAUUGAGUACCCUUCCUCGUGUGGCGGAUCAAUUAUAAACAGCAACAACGUUUUAACUGCGGCUCAUUGUGUCUGGCGUGCACUCAGUGGGACUGCCAUCGUAGGAGUUCACAACAACAAAAUUAACGAACCUACCCAGCAGAGAAUUCCGUAUGCGAAAGUUUUUUAUCAUGCUGAUUAUUCCGAAUAUUAUACUCGAAACGAUAUUGCUAUAGUUCGUCUCAGUGGACACAUAACGUUCAACGCUAAUGUUCAACCAGUGCGGCUUCCGGCUCAAGGAGACAAUCGUCAGUUCGCGGGCUUGACUGGAACCGUUUCUGGAUUCGGAGCCCUAUGCAACGAUUGUGACACAUCAAAUGUGCUCAGAUACACUACAAAUCCGAUGAUAUCAAAUGCAGAAUGUUUGGCUUCCUUUUCAAAACCUGAACUAAUUCAGGAUCAGAACAUCUGUAUGUCUAAUGCCGGACAACGUGGUCACUGUUACGGUGAUUCUGGUGGCCCUGUGGUAGUUAACGACAGUGGAAGUGCUUUGCAGGUCGGUGUUGUCUCCUUCGUACAUGGUGAUGGUUGUAACGCUGGAUUCCCUUCGGUUUCCGCUCGUGUGACCUAUUAUCUGAAUUGGGUUCUACAUGUUAUGACUUUGUAGUUAGUUAGGAAAGAAGAUUUGAAAUAUAAUAUAAAUAAAUUGCA